AUGACGGAACCCGCUAGUAGUAACGGCAAUACCAUGCAUCCAGCGAUCCGGCUGUUUGCUGUAAACUGGGCAGUGUAUUUGGCGGGCAUGAAUGAUGCGACUACGGGAGCAUUGACUCCUUUCCUCCAGUCCGCUUACAACAUUGGGCUGUUCCCAAUUGCAUUAGUGUAUCUGAUCAACUUUGCCGGUUUCCUUGUCGCCGCCUUCACCAAUGUCCACAUCUCCUCAAGGAUCGGCAUGGGCGGUACGCUACUGUUUGGUGCAUUAUCUCAGCUGUUUGCAUAUUGCCUAAUGUUCUGGAAGCCACCAUAUCCGCUCUUUGCCUGCGCAUAUUUCCUGUCCGGCCUUGGAGUGGCGUACCAAGAUGCCCAAGUCAACUCCAUGGUUGCGAAUCUCCCCAAUGCGCAUUGGUGGCUGGGAGUUCUGCAUGCCGUCUACGGCCUUGGUGCAUUGGUCAGUCCGUUGGUGGCAACAACCAUUGCCACGAAAACGGCCUACUGGCAUUACUACUACCUCGUGUUGCUUGGGUUCGCAUUUAUAAAUGUCGUCUUGCUGGCCGGUAGCUUCCGGAAGGGGCUUGGGCGCCCGGAUUCGGUGUCUUCCAAGACGGAAGCGAGCGAUAGCCUCAAAGGCGCCUUGUCGCAGAAGGCUGUGUGGGCACUCAGUGCAUUCUUCUUCCUAUAUGUUGGUGCAGAGGUGACCAUAGGAGGCUGGGUUGUUGAAUUCCUCAUUGCAGUUCGUCAUGGCAGCGAGAACCAAGUUGGCUAUAUUGCGUCAGGAUUCUGGGGAGGAUUGACUCUGGGUCGUGUUGCAUUAGCUGACCUCACCCACAAAUUCGGCGAGCGACGCACAGUCUUCAUCUACAUCGCCAUCGGACUGGUACUACAUGUUUUGUUUUGGGUCAUACCGAACAUUAUUGUCAAUGCAGUCCUUGUGAGCUUACUGGGAUUUGUCAUUGCUCCUUUUUUCCCGGCAGGUCUUUCUGUGCUUACCCAGGUUGUCCCUAGAGACCAACACCUCGCGUCAAUUGGCUUUACUGCUACAGUGGGACAGGCUGGCUCAGCCGCAUUCCCUUUUCUCACAGGGGCGGUCGCAUCAAAAGCUGGGGUUGCCGUCCUCCAGCCCAUCGUUCUCGCGUUGUUGGCAGGAAUGGCCGUGCUGUGGUUCUUUGUACCCCAGGCAAAAGCAGACGGAUCUCCUGAACCUCCGACUCCCGAGGAGGUCUCGGCUGCUGAGGAGAAGGACCCCUCGACUGUAGUCUGA